AUGUAUCUUGGUGCCUGGAAUUGUCUUCAGGCCCCACCACUUAAGCGUAUAAACGCUGCCCGGCGUGCAGUACAGUUGUUUCCAUCCCUGAACUCGUGGGACAAAGCAAGCUCGAUGCUUGAAGAUGCGGUUCAACUAAUGACGAAGAUGAGUCUGGCCAGGUCCCUUGAACGAGAUGACCAACAAAAGGUUCUGGGAGAUCUAUACGGACUCUCAACGCUAGCCGUGGCCGCUGCACUCGAGGCGGGGAAGGGUACGGUACACGCCCUUAGUCUCCUAGAACUAGGAAGAGGGAUUCUCUCGGGUCAUAUCAGCGACACGAGAAGUGAUGUAAUGGAGUUGAAGCUUACGCAUCCGAAACUAUUGGAAGAUUUUCUUAUCCUUCAGAUGGAAAUCAAUGCCCCAUUAGAGAAAACCUCCGAUACAGAAAUUGCUUUCGCCAGACGGAAGGAUGCAAUGGGGCAGUUUAACCGCAUCUUGGCCGAUAUCCAUGCCAUCCACCAAUAUAGAGGAUUUCUGUUGCCCUCAAUAGCAGAGAGUAUGUGUAAGACUGCAGAGGGCGGCACUAUUGUGGUUGUCAAUUGUACUGAGAUCAGGAGCGAUGCGAUCAUAGUCACCAGAUCAGCUAUCACUUCUAUCCCACUCCCAAAACUGAUCCACAAAGAGAUGAAGUCACAGAUGAGCCAACUACCCGGGCUGCUCAAGAGACUUGUGAGGACAUUUGCCAGUAGGAAUAAAACAUUGUGUGAGAUAUUACGCUGGUUGUGGAACGUUGCCGUUGAGGAGGUCCUCAAGAGUCUUCGACUGAAGGUGUUACCCGCUAGGUCCAAGCGGAAAAACACUACCUCCCCUCCUCGAAUCUGGUGGAUUGGGACAGGAGAAAUGAGCAUAGCUUCAUUUCAUGCCACGGGUAUAUAUAAGCCAGGGUGCACGAGAAAUACCCUGAGUCGAGUUUGCUCUUCAUACAUCCCGACUAUCAAAGCUUUGGCAUAUGCUCGUCAGAGUAAAUUCACCCUAAGGUCAAAGGAUGCAGCAGGAACACCCAAGCAUAAGAUACUCUUGGCCACAAUGCGAACCACCCCAAAUCAUGCUCCUCUUCCCAGCGUUGAGCUCGAGGCCUCCUCAGUUCACAAGAUAGUAGGCCAGAAAUUGGAGUUAACCAUUCUGAGUCAACCCAAGGCGUCCGAGGUCCUAGAGACUCUCCCAGACUACGACGUGGUCCACUUCACCUGCCACGGAAUGUCAGACAGGAAGAACCGACCAAAGAGCAGUUUGAUACUCAUUGACUCCAGCGAUUCAGACAACCCGGUCGCCAAUUACUUGACCAUUCAGGCGAUAUCGGACGCGCAUAUCGAACGCGCACAGCUAGCAUACCUUUCCGCUUGCAGCACUGCAGACAAUACAGCAACUAACCUCGAUGAUGAAACUGUACACCUUGUAAGUGCGUUUCAGCUUGCCGGAUUCACGCAUGUGGUGGCGAAUCUCUGGCAGUCGAAGGAUGAUGCAUGUAUGCAGGUCGCUGCAGAUUUCUAUAGUGCAUUGUUGAAUAGCGAGAUGGAGGAGGGUGAUGUAGCGCAUGAGAAGGUUAGCUUGGCACUGCACGGAGCGGUAGCAAGGCUGAGGGAGGAAAUGCCGAUGUCCUCACUUGUCUGGGCUCCUCUCAUUCAUACGGGUGCCUGA